CUGCCUUCAGCGGCUAUGUCGUCUUCUCGAACACCGUGCCCAAGUCGAUCGAACCUGGAAAACCGUAAUAAGCUCCGAGCGUACAAAAUCAUCAUCGACAACGACUGCCCUUAUCCUGCCGAGCUAGAGCAGCACAUUGCCAACGUCAUUCGCAAGCCUCGCACGUCGGCGCCGUCGCCAAACGCAAAGAAGGUCACUGAAAAGAGACGCGUCGCGGCUCAUCAGAAUGAACGGGGCGGCAUAAAGCAGAUUGAACCUUGUUUCUUGUUUCGAGGAGAAGCGGAAGCGGAUGAUAGGGUGCUGGGGGUUCCUCUCAUCUAUUCAAAAGACGAGAUCAAUCUCUCACGGUCGUUCCUUCCACAAGCUUCAAGCGACACAAUUACAAAGACUUGGGGCGAUUUGUCACAGCCAAGGCCUGAUGCAGCAAUUGGAUACAUAACUCGUGGCGAUGCCGACAAUGCGGUACCGCACAGCCAGACUGCUUUCUCAUCUGAAGAGGAGGAUAUUCUUGACAGGUAUCAACUUACUCAAUAUAUGCAUUUCUCUUUCCUUACCUCUCAGUGGAAGAUGCCCAACUCGAAUCAAAAUCAUUCUCACGCCCACAAUCAAGCUACUCGCGAUGGGGCUGUGAUUGUAAAUUACCUUCACAAGUUCUACAGCAUGGCGUACGGACGCGAACCCAGCGCUACAGAGACUUGUCACUUCUCCCUCACCUGCGAUCUGCUGAAUGGCAAUAUCUUCGUUCACUGGUGGGACCGAGAUGUACACCACAUGGAGCUUGUGUUCGAGUUUUCGCUACGAAAAGAGGUAGAAGUGCAAGAAGCACGACUCAUUCUUUGGAAAAUUGUUUCAUAUGCCACUACAGAACGGCUUGAGUCCAUCAGAGCAGCGCUCCCUGCAUUCGAGGAACGCAGACUCCUCAUCUAG